CUUAAGAUCAACCACACUAUUUUUUGCGGUAUUAUCGAUGGAUAUUUAUUUAUCGCACUCCUGCUGUCGACUAUGAAUAGCGUCUAACGCUGACAUCCGCCAGCCAGCUGCACAAGUUGAAAGCCCCAAGAACCAACCAGUGAAGAUGGCGUCCACCACGUCGCCCAGGAACACACUGCUCGGAGCAACCAACUAUGAGCCACGGUUGCGCUCGCAUCUCAAGCCGCAGCGCUUCAAGCUCAUUGAGCAGUCCUUGCGUCUGGACAGCACCCUGAACCAGAUGAACCCGCUGAUGACGCGAUUAGAUCUACGCGAUUCCGAACGCUUCGAUACGACGGCGAAUGACAUCGGCAAGUUGGCAUGCGAGGAGCCAGAGGAGAGCAAAUUCGCGCCUCAAAAUGUGCGAAAGGUGCUGCGGUUCCAGAGCUUUUACGUGGAAAGCGUGGACGAGAGCAACCUCGAGAUUGUUCGGUUGCGCAGGAACACCAUCCUGCUCUACCUGCACGACGAAACCUUCGAGAUCAUUGAGCCUCGAGUUCGCAACAGCGGCAUCCCACAAGGUACUUUCCUCAAGCGAUGCAAACUACGACGUCCAGACGGCGAGCUGUACACGUCUGCGGACUUGCGUCUAGGCUUGGACUUGCAUGUGUUCGGGCGAAGCUUCAAGUUGUACGACUGCGAUGAGUUCACGAGGGAAUACUACGCAAAACAUGGAGAGGAUGUGGGCGUACCGCUCCCAUUACCCAAGGACGAAUACACUCUCACGCGAGACCAAAUUACACGCAUGUGUGGUGGAGACCCCGACCACUUUUACGGUAAGCAACGAUAUCCGCUCAAGACGUACAUGGAGGCGUCGUUGGGCAAUCCCAUUCGGUCCCGUCUGCAGUCGGAGAAGAAGCGCAAGUUCCUGGCCAACAACCGCAAGGUGCUGUGCUUCCACUGCGAGUACGACGUGCGUGACCAGCUCUACGGUGACCUCAUGACGUACAUCCUCGACUACUUCCUCGAAGACGACACGGUGGAGUUCAAGGAAGUGUCUCGUCCAAACAAUGGCCGCGACCCGUUCCCACUGCUGCUUCGUCGUGGUCGUCUGCUCAAGAACUGGCAUCAGCAUUUGACGGAUGAACAAGACCGCGGCGUUGAAGAGCCUACGAGUGCCGAGAGCUAUUACGGCGAGACGGAUCUGUACGUGGGUGCUGUGCUCAACGUGUUCGGUCGUGAGAUGCGUCUUGUGGACGCAGACAAGUACACGCGCGACUACUACCAGAUGGCUUGGGGACGUGUACUGGACCCCGCUAUGCCAACAAAGAUUGAGAAACCUGUAUUCCCUAAACCAGAGCCAGCUCCAUACAACGGAUACGGUACAGAGGAGGACUCACUGGGCUCGUGUCACUCGCUCUGUCCCAAGGCGCCGCGCAAGGAUUUCAAGAAGAUGGCCGAGUUCGACCGCAUGCUGCUGCGCUUCCGUGCACGUCUCGUUUCUAGCCGCAAGGAGCAGCAGCAACGCCGCUUCAUCGUUACGUACUUCCUCACGGACGACACGAUCUCCAUCUACGAGCCAGAGCUGCGCAACUCGGGCAUCGUGAACGGCAAAUUCCUCGAACGUGGCGCCUACAAGAACCCGGAAGGUGUGCGUUACAUCCUCGACCACUUGGUGAUAGGCAAUGAGCUCGCGUUCAACUCGCACCGCUUCCAACUGCUCGACGCUGACGAGUACACCAAGAAGUUCCUCGCCUCCUAACUGCAUAACUUUCAUCUUUAGUAUCAGAUUUUUCGACUACUGAAAAACAAGUUGAAGUGCUUCUUGAAUCAGAUUUUCACG